UUUCCUCCUGGUACUCGGGUUUCCUCCACCCAGUCCAGAGACAUGUGUUUUAGGCAUCUCUAAAAUUGUCUGUAGUGUGUGAAUGGGUGUGUCAAUGUGUGUGCGAGUGUGCCCUGCAAUGGGUUGGCCCCCCGUCCAGAGUAUCCCCCGCUCUGUGCCCUGAGUCCCCUGGGAUAGGCAGAAAAUGGAUGGAUAGAUGUAUGGAUGGAUGGAUGUACAGUAUAGCAUAUACAGUAUAUAUAACCUCGCACUUCCGGGGCUGGGGGUUUGAAUCCUGUUUCCUCCCACCAUCCGAAGACAUGCAUUGUAUUCUGAAUGACAUUCCCAAAUUGUCCGUGAAGUGUGUGCAAGCGUGCCCUGUGAUGGGUUGGCACCCUGUCCAGGGUGUCCCCUGAGUUCCCUGGGAUAUUCUCCAGGCUACCCCGUGACCCCGUUUAGGAUAAGCAGUAUGGAAAAUGGAUGGAUAUAUUUGUUCAGAUUAUAUUUUAUAAUAAUAUGCUGUCUUCCAAAAUAAAGCUUCUUGUAUACUAAAAAUUUUUUUUUAUUUAUUUGUUUGUUUAUUACACUUUCUUCCUCCACACACCAUCCCAUCUCUGUUAAUUACUAAUACAGGUGAGCUGACAGGUGAGUUUAAACCAGGAGUGGGGAACUCAUUUGGGGUAGGGGGCCAGAUUGGCAAAAAAAUAUCACCUUAGGCGGGCCAAGAACAAUCAGAACAGUUAAAAUUGAACUUGACACUUAUUUAUCACCAAAAAUGGAAUUCUGAGGUUAAUUGUCAUAAUACAAGCAUAAUAGGCAGGAUUAGGCUAGAACACACAGCAGGAAUGAUAAAACUGAUACAAGACCAGACCUGUCAUUUCACCACAUCACACUGACAUUGUACUGUAAUUCAAAAGUACUUCAUCCUCAAUUUGAAUUAAAUUUUCAUUUAAAGGAAAAGAGGAAGAUAACAGGCUGUUGCUUGUUAAGUGCUGCAACCAACUCAUUUGCCUUGUCUAUCAGUGCCUGGCUGUACUUCUUCGCAUGAUUUAUAUCAUAAUGUCGUCGAAUAUUAAAUUCUUUUGAGAAAGCCACACGUUGGUAUGUCGCAGCACCGGGCCAAAGCGGGGUCUAUAAUAUAUGUUCAAGUUCAAGUUCAAGUGGUUUUAUUGUCAUUUUAACCAUAUACAGCUGGUACAGUACACAGUGAAACUAAAUAAGACCCACACAUUCUACACAAAGUGCACAGUGCAGACCUGUGCUAAAAACACAGGACAGUACAAUACUACUAAAACAGGACAAUGGGCACAGUAAGGGACAGUGUAGCGCCGGACAGUACUCAGUUCUAGUGUGGAAGUGACUGAUCUAAUACGUAGUGAAGAAGAUAGGUGCCAAGGAGUAUCACUAGCCUAUAAUUUAAAAAUGGUAUAAAUGUAAACAAAACAUGCUAAUGACUUAGCAUGGAUAUAUGGACAUAGCAGUUAUUGUGGUAGCAGCCAGGAAAAGUGUAUAAUAGUGACAAUAAAUUAAAUACUAUGUCUUUAUAAUAAAGUAGCAGCAAAAAUGCAACAGAGUCAAUGCAGGAAUGUGCAACUACUGCAAUGGGAGGGCAAUUGUCUAUGGAUUAUGGCCCCACGGAAGGUAUGUUUUGCAUCCCUGGUUUAAACUCUGCGUGACCCCACGUGACUGUACGUCAGUUUGACGUCUAACAAUCUGCAGGUGGGUAUAAUGGACUAAAUGUUAACACAGUACUAAUGUCUAAUACUAAAAUUGUGAUUAAAUACACUAAAUACAGAGGUGUUCUAUUUUGAUGCACUGUUUCCUGACCUACACUCAAUAAAAUAAGCUGUUUACUGAGUGCGCCACCUGUUCGCCUCCUGUACUAUUCUUACAUACUGUUUAGUGAGGUAGUAUGCGGUGUGGGACGCAGCCCUGGUCUUUGCGGUGUGUGUGUGAGUCUAUGUGUGUGUGGGGGUGGGAGUGAUCCAUGGAGUAGGUCACACUCCAGAGUCCGGACGAAGAAAUCUGGGGGAAAUUAAAAGUGUCCUGCGAUGAGAGUUCAAGAGGACUGCGAACAUGGGGAAAACUGUGCGAAUCAGAUGCUGCUUAACCAGCUGAAGGAGAUCACUGGCAUUCCGGACCUCCAGGUUCUCCAGCGUGUCCUUAAUGAAAGCCAGGGGGACAUUAGCCAUGCUGUCGGGCUCCUCACCACACAAACAGCGACAAAGGAGCGAGUACCUGCGGAAGCCUCUACUGUGGAUUAUCACAGAGAAUCUUCUAAUCAACACAGUAACGCGGCUAACGAUGAACUGCAGGCUGCCAUUGAGCUCAGUCUUCAAGAGUCUCAACAGGCCGAGGCAGAGGAAAGAGAGUUCCACAGGGCUCUGGAGGCCAGUGCUGAGGAGAAUGCAGUCUGUGUGAAGAGAAAGGGGAACGAGGUGUCAGGAGAGAUGUGCAGUCCCGCAGACUGGAUCAGGCAGGAGGGUUGGCCUGUGGGCAUCCGCAAUGUGGGAAACACCUGCUGGUUCAGCGCCGUCAUCCAGUCUCUGUUCCAUCUGCCGGUGUUUCGCAGACUGGUGCUCAAUUACUGCCUGUCUGAGCGCGUGCUGGAGAAAUGCAAGAGCCACUCUGAGAGGAGAAACAUAGCGUUCAUGCAGGAGUUGCGAUGCCUCUUUGCCCUGAUGGUGGGCUCUAAUCGCAGGUUUGUGGACCCCUCUGCAGCUGUGGAGCUGCUCAGGGACGCUUUUAGGACCAGCGAGGCACAGCAGGAUGUUAGUGAGUUCACACAUAAGCUGCUCGACUGGCUCGAGGACGCCUUCCAGCUGGCAGCUAACGGCAGUAAUCCAGAAGAUAAACAAGACAACCCAAUGGUUCAGCUUUUCUACGGGACGUUCGUUGCUCAGAGAGUUCAUGAGGGUAAGAUCCUCUCCACCAUCGAGCAGUUUGGACAGUACCCUCUGCAGGUGAAUGGAUUCAACAAUUUGGACGAGUGCCUGGAGGGCGCGAUGGUAGCAGCAGAGAUCGAAUCACUACACUGUGAUCAAACUGUGUCAUCUGGACAAGAGCGAUGGUUCUCGAAACUGCCACCAGUGUUGACCUUCGAGCUCUCUAGAUUCGAGUUCAAUCAGUCUUUAGGACGCCCAGAAAAAAUACACAAAAAGCUUGAGUUCCCCCAGAUUGUCUACAUGGACAGAUACCUUCACAGAAAUGUUGAACAGACACAUGGAAGAAGAGGAGAGGUAAAAAGGCUCAAGGACCAGUUAACAGUUCUUCAGCAGAAACUUGAAAGCUAUAAAAACUAUGGUUCCGGGCCGAACAAGUACCCGCUGGCAGACAUGCUGCAGUAUAUUUUAGAGUUCGCCACCUCAAAGCAGACAAACACAAGCACGUCUCCCACGUCAGCCGGACCUGCCAGCACUCCUGCACACACAGAACCCAGCUCAGAACACGCCAGCCAAACAGAAGCAGAUGAUGCCGGCUCAUCAGAUGGUUCAGGCUGUAUACAAAGCUCUACUCAGAGGACGCCCAUCCACAAGCCCUUCACCCAGUGUAGACCCCCUGCUGACUGGCCUCAGCACCCGGUGCCCGGCAUUGUGAGCGAGGAGGAACUGUGUUUUGUCAGGGGCUGCCUGCAGCGCUGGAGAACCGAGGCAGAGACCAACAUGAACGAGCUCAAGGCCAGCAUUGACAAGGUGCCAUACAAGCUACAUGCAGUUCUUGUCCAUGAGGGACAGGCUUCUGCUGGUCAUUACUGGGCCUACAUCUACGAUCAUGAACAUAAACGCUGGCUCAAGUACAAUGAUGUAAUGGUGACUGAGUCGUCAUGGGAGGAGCUGGUACGAGACUCUUAUGGAGGAAUGACCAACGCCAGUGCUUACUGUCUCAUGUACAUAGAUGACAGACUGCCACACCUCAUAACAGAGCACACAGACAAUGAGACGGGGCAGGUUCUGCAAGGUAUGGACUCCCUUCCUCCCAUACUGAAACGCUACGUCCGUGAGGACAACCGUUGGUUCGAGCAGCAACUGAGGGAAUGGGAGGGGCAAUUCCAUCAGGUGUCUAAGGAAGAACCGCAGGUUCACAUAGCAGAGGAUCCCACCAGCAAAGAAGAGAACACUUCAGAACCAGAGCGCCCAAAUCUAGAGCCAGAAAAAGAACACGGCCAUGAGAAACCUGAAGAACUGACUCCAGAGGCAGAACAGGAGCCGGUCCAGGAUUCAGAAGAGGCCACAACCAGCGGGGUAGCUCUUGAUUCAUCACCAGAGAGCAGCGAAGGGGUAAAGGAGGGUACUGAGGAUGCCACCUCUCUCAAUCUGACCCAAAGCCAGCUGAAUGAGAGUCAGAGUCCUGAAUCGACAUCUCAAAAGCCUAAGGAAACCGUGGAAGCAAAGACUGAGAUAAUUCAUCAGGCUGUAAGUGAGCAGACAGAAACAGAAGCAGCAACAGACCCACAACCUGAAAAGGUUAAAGAGGCUGAAGCACAGGCUGCGUCAGCAGAGGACAGCCAAGCUGAGGACAGCCAAGCUGAGGCCAGACAAACGGAGAACGAGGUGUCAGAGGUGGAGAUCCCUAAUGUGGGCAAGAUCCUGGUGCUGUCUGAUGCAGACGGAUAUAACGAGGAGAUGAUGCUUACCCCAGCCAUGCAGGGUGUUAUCCUAGCCAUAGCCAAAGCCAGACAAGUCUUUGAUGAGGAUGGUCCUGAGGCAGGGCUUAUCAAGGCAUUUCAUGAGGAGUACUCCAGACUGUACGAGAUAUCUCAGGAGGAAAUCACCCCCCAGCAGGACCCUCGCCUCCAGCACAUGUUGGUCUAUCUCUUCCAGAACAAAGCGCCUGACCGCAUCAUCGAGAGAACUCUGCUGGAGCAAUUCGGUGACCGGAACUUGAGCUUUGAUGAUAGGUCCAUCAGUAUCAUGAGGGAGGCCAGAACCAAACUUCGUCUCAUCAAACCAGAAGACAUGGACAUGGAGGAGUACAUGCAAUGGCAUGACGACUACAGCAUGUUCAAGACCGUGUUUGCCUACCUGCUGACCGGCCUUGAGCAAUAUCAAAAUGGAAAAAUUCGAGAGGCACUGAUUUAUCUUGCACAUGCUUACCAAGACAAUUCAGCCCUGCUUAAGAACGGGGAAAAGAGAGGAGUGGACCACAAUCUUAUAGCAAUUUACAGGAGAAAAUGCCUAAAGGAGCUGAAUGAGAAUGUAGCAACCCUGUUCAAAAGCGGAGAAGAGAGCGAUGUAGAGGAGGGUGUGACCAUCAUGAACGACUGUGUCAUCCCCUGCAUGCACCUUAUGGUCAGAGACAGCAUCACGCAGGAGGACAUGGAUGCUAUUGAGGAGAUCAGGAGUCACUGGUGCUCUUAUCUGGGGCAGGAUAUGGAUGAGCUCCAACAGGAGAAGCUGAGUGAGUUCUUGCCGAGGGUUCUGGACUGCUCGGCUGAGAGGGUGGUGCUGAAAGAGCCGCCCAAAGUGAGAAAGUCACCCCAUGACCUGUGCAGCCGCCUGGCCGCCGUCAUGGAGUCCAUCCAUAGCACGUCAGUCGUCACUGUGAAGUGAGUGCACACAGGGGAGGUGACAUCAUGGUAAUAUGCCCUGAAUCCCAUUAAAUGGUCAAUCACUUGUUUUCUAUUGUUGUUGCACUGAAUAUAGAGCUGUGUCGGGGUUUUUUUAUACAUUUUUAAUUGGUCGAACCUGACACUUCACUGCAUAGUCUAGUGUAUAUGCGGAACUAUUGUUUGGACAUGUCAUGCUCUUUUAACAUGUUUGAUCUCAGGAAAGAUCAAUCGCAUUUUAUUUUGCACAGAAUAUCUUUUCAUCAUGAAGGCCGGAUAUUUUGGGGGAAAUGCACGAUACUUUGACUUUUCACAUGUACUGUAGAAUGACAUUGGUGUGAAAUUAGCCCAUAGUCACAUUGUUUCAAAUUGCUCUGCUGGUUUUCCACUCCUCUGUUUCUUCCCUCUAAGCCUGUGCUGAGCCUCAAUAAACUUCCUCUCACUUUGUUGUACUCUG